AUGCCAUUGACAGUUGAAUUGCAGCAAAUUUGCAAUGAGAGUCAGUUCGAUAUAGUCAUUGCAGAAGCUCAACAACUUAAGGAGUCUUUGAUUAUACCAUGGUAUGUAUAUUUCUGGGUUGUUUAUAAUAUAGUUUCUUGGGUUGCGCCUGAAGCUCGAAAAUUUAGAACAUCAGUCAUUAAUCUUGAAUUUGAAGGGAAGUUGGAUCAGAUGUUCAUUGGGGUAGUUACAACCGAUGAUAAAACAUGGGCACCUUCUUCUAGUACACUCCAUAGUGAACUUUUUAAAAAUGUUGACAAUGACAUACUUGAAGAGAAUGAGGAAGAAAAUGCGAGAAAUGAUGUUUACAUUUCAAAUGAUAUUCACAUUUCAAAUGAUGUUCACAUUGAUGAAAAUGAAAGAAAAAAAAGGAAAAAAGAGAGAGUAGGAAGAGAUAGAGGAAGAGGAAGGGGGAAAAGUUUGUUUGAGAAAAGAGCAAAUAAAAAGGAGAGAAGACAAGAGAAUGUGAGAGAUGGGAUUCACGCUUGUCUUCGCGAUUAUGAUAGGCUCCAGAAUCUGGCCGUCGUCCUUAUUUACAUCCAAAUCGGUUGCUCCUUGAUCGGAUCCCUCGGCGCAUUAUACAACGGUGUGUCGCUCAUCAAUUUGGGGAUCGCAUUGUUCGCUUUGGUUGCCAUCGAGAGCAGCAGUCAGAGCUUAGGUCGAACCUACGCCGUUUUGCUCUUCUGCGCCAUUCUGCUUGACAUUUCGUGGUUCAUCCUCUUUUCCCACGAUAUUUGGAACAUGUCCAGCGAGCGUAAUGGAAUGUUGUUCACCUUCUCCCUCAGAUUAACACUUGCCAUGGAGAUCGUGGGGUUUUGCGUUAGAUUCUGCUCGUCCUUCUUAUGGAUUCAAAUAUAUAGACUGGGAAUUUCAUAUGUAAACAGUGGUGCCAAUCCUCGAGACCCUGAUUUCGAUUUGAGAACUAGUUUUCUGAGCCAUGCAACCCUACCCAAUUCCAGACAGUGCUCUCACAAUGACUCUGAUGACGCUUUAGGAGCUUCCAUUUACGAUCCUGCUUAUUACUCUUCCCUUUUUGAAGACCGUCAGCAACCCAGUAGACAUUCAUUUCUGGGUCAAAAUAAUGCUGUUAGCAGAACUGGAUCCACUGCUGGUGCUGAAGUUUCUUAGCUAAAGCCAUCGCCUGUUAGGACUCUUUCUGCCUAAGCAUCUUACUUCCCCUUAGAGUUUCAGCUGACAUUGUAACUCAUUAGAGCUGUGCUUUACUGUUUUUCUUUUAGCAGCCUAUUCAUCCUUCUGCAUAGAUUCAUACACUCUUACAGAUAGCUCAAAUUAGAAAUAAUUAGAUUCAUACACUCUUACAGAUAGCUCAAAUUAGAAAUAAUUCUGUCUCUAACUUCAAUGUAGAUUUAAAUUUUGAUGGUAAUACUAUCUAGGAGUGAUUUCACUGUUUGAAAUUGUCAUACAAUCUUUUUCGGUAAGAUUAGUUAUGUACUUUCUUGUCGACCAAGUGUCAUAAGUAUGAAGAGUGACAUCUUAUUUCUUGAAAGCUUUCUGCUUAUUUGGUUUGAUUGUUGAAAGUUAUUGACAUUACCCCUCUUAA